ACUUUGUGGGCAUGGAAGAUGAGCGCGGGCGGGUGGGACCAUCGAUAAGAAACCCCAGUUUCCAGGACCUUCAACCUCAUCAGCUUCAUACUGUGUAAGCGCAACCGCUACAAGUUCGAUGGUGCCUUGCUUUGCCUAGAUCACGCCUUAUAGCCCUUUCCCCUGGCCCCAGGUUUUCUGCCUUCUCUUUUGGGCAGACAUGGACAAGCACCGCUUCGAGCAUGGCACCAUCCUGACGGACGACGCAGUUGCCGAACUUCUGGCCAAGGAAGCCAGCGAUGCAUCCAUCCGGUACUCCUCCAUGGGACUCGAAGCCUUCAAGUCUACGAAGCCGUCAAACAAGGCACGGCCAAACACACGCUUUCUGGGGCGCAUCAUCAAAGAAACAACAAGCCACAAUGCCGCCCUGUUAGCGAAGGAGGCUGCGGAGGCUCAGGCCCGACUCGACGACUUGACCGAAGCUGAGGAGAAAAAGCGGCGCAAGCUCAACCCAAGCGCCUCAGACCUAAGGCGUCGGCAAUUGGGCGAUAUAUCCUCAAUUCUGGCAGGCCGGAACCGGCGCGACGAGGCGGGGCGGCACUACAGGCCUAGUCAAAGAGAUGGCGGGCGGGACAAAGACCAACCUCGAGAUCGCUCACGCGACCAGCAUGGCCGGCACAGCAGCCACAAUGGGCGCCGCGACGACAAAGAGAAGGGACACAGGAAGCGUGACGAGCCGAAAACAGACGAACGUCGUCGUCGCCAAGGGAGGUCAAGCUCACCGCGGCAAGGGCAUCAUAGGCAUCGCGAUCGUUCACCGCUCAGCAGCAGCAAUGAGGACAACCAACCGCAUCACGGAAGCUCCCGCCUAGGCAAAUCUUGGAAGGAUCGCGAUCUGAUCGGCAGCGUGUCAUCCAGGCACAAAACCUAUGGACGGCUACGCGAUGAGGAGGACACAUACUCAGUAUCUUCCAAAACCGGCGAUCCAGUAGAGGAAGAGGAAUCCGACCCAUUAGAAGCGUUCAUCGGCCCGGCACCACCGUCCAAACACCCCGUUCGGACACGCGGAAGAGGCGCCAUCCGAGGCUCCGCGGCAAUGGAUAGCCGGUUCUCUGGGGACUAUGAUCCGGUCUCAGAUGUGCAGGUGGAGCCCGCCGAGACUGAAGAUUGGGACGAAGCGGUUGAGACGUACCGGGACCGUCAGAAAUGGAAGCAACAAGGCGCGGAAAGGCUUCGUGUGGCCGGUUUCACCGAUGAACAGAUCAAACAGUGGGAAAAAGGGGGCGAAAAGGACAUUGAUGAUGUCAGGUGGAGCAAGGCCGGUGAAAAACGUGAAUGGGACCGGGGCAAAGAAGACACCGGGCUUUGACCAAACGGACGGUACUUGGGGCUUUCGGCAUCUCGGCGGCGUUUCUGGAAAGGCGGCACUGCAUAUGAGCAUCAUCUAGCAUUUCUCGGCGUUGGGGUGGGUUACCAUAACUCUGAUACGCGGCUCUGGAAAAAGGGGUGAAACUCUAUGAUAUAUCCAUUGUAUAUGGAACAUUCACAAGAACGUAAUGGAUGAAAAGCCCCA